AAAAACAGAAACGAGGGGAACAAAAAAGAGCGAGCGUUUCUCUCCGCAAAUGAUGGGACAAAACAAAAGUGGGUUAAGUCUCAGGUUUUGAGUUCUCUCUAUACUCACUCUAUAGUCUAUAUACCAACAUCAUCAUCAUCAUCAUCAUCAUCAUCAUCAUCAUCAUCGCUCACUUCCUUCCUUCAAAUCUCCCACCUAAUCUAAUUCACAUUUGCCUCUUUUGCUCCUCUGUCGAAACCCGAACCGUUACUGUCUUCAAAUCUUUCAUUUUUCCUCAGACGAAUUGGAGAUCUCUCCUUCGAGUCAGCAGAUACACCAAUACGAAAGAGAUUUAGACUGAACAAUCGCCACAGAUCAAACUAUUGGUUUGCUUUUGAGACCUCUGGAUUGGAUUCUACUUCUUGUCUGUUUCUUCUUAUUUAGUGACAGGGAAAGCCAGACUUGAGAAUCUGCUUCCUCUCGGUCGAAAGAAACAAAAGAGUGAAGCGGUUACAAUGCCCGAGUCCCACGAAGCAUCGAACUAUGAUGAGGUCUCUAUGCAGCAAACCAUGCUCUUUUCUGAUGGUCUUCAGGACUUGAAGAAUCUACGAGCACAAUUGUAUUCAGCAGCUGAGUAUUUUGAACUAUCUUACACUACUGAUGACAAAAAGCAGAUAGUUGUAGAGACUCUGAAAGAUUAUGCAGUGAAGGCUCUGGUGAAUACAGUUGACCAUUUAGGCUCUGUUACAUAUAAAGUGAAUGACUUUAUCGAUGAAAAAGUUGAUGAAGUUGCAGAGACCGAACUUCGAGUGUCUUGCAUCGAACAGAGGCUAAGGAUGUGCCAAGAGUAUAUGGAUCAUGAAGGGCGUUCACAGCAAUCACUUGUGAUUGAUACUCCGAAGUUCCAUAAGAGAUACAUCUUACCUGCGGGUGAAAUUAUGACUGCUACCAAUCUUGAAAAGCUCAAGUACUUUGGAAGUAGUUUAGAGGAUGCAGAUGACUGGAACCAAUUUCGAAAUGCUGUUCGUGCUACAAUCCGGGAAACACCUCCACUGCCAGUAAGAAAAUCGACAUCUCAGACUUCAUCUCCGCGGCUACCACCUCAACGAUCAGCAACCUUUUCAUUUACCUCUACCAUUCCGAAGAAAGAACAAGAUAAGAGAUCAGUUUCACCUCAUCGGUUUCCGCUACUAAGAUCAGGAUCAGUCGCUACUCGGAAGUCAGCAUCAAUCAGCCGACCAACGACACCAAGCAAGAGCAGAUCUAUAACACCUAUACGGCAUCCAUCAGAACCAAGAAGAUCAGCUUCGGUCCGGGUGGCAUUCGAGAAAGAAAACCAGAAAGAAACAGAGCAGCAACAACCUAGCAAGAGCAAACGACUACUCAAGGCUUUGCUUAGCCGACGCAAAACCAAGAAAGACGACACUCUCUACACUUUCUUGGAUGAAUACUGAAAUGCCAAUACCGGUUUUCCGCUUUACUAAACCGGAAAAUUGUAAUUUUCACUCUUCUUUUUAUAUAUUAAUACAUUACAAAAUAUAGAGAAAAAUAUAUACUUUUUAUUUUGUUGUAACGGUAAUGUACACCGGAUUUCUAUUAA